UUUCUUUUUCUGAACAAAACGUUUCAUUUCUCGAAUUCAAAAUGUUUGCAGCCGGACUCCUGCAACGUAGACUGAGCCUGAGCGCACUUCGACCAAUAUACCAGAAGAACUACAGUGAUACGAAGUCCCCGAAUCUCUACAUGUGGGGCGGGGGCCUGGGCAAAUUGCAGGGCGGUUUCAAGGAGGAGGAGUACUUCACCACAGUCAAUCUGAAUCUGAUUGGGAAAAUGCGCGGAAAGAAGGCUAUCGCCGAGUUUUUGCCCAACUGGGAUGAGUACCACAAGGCCAUAGCCAAUGACGCUCUUUACAACACCGCAUUGAUGAACAAGCACAAGAACGUACGCGAAGAGGCAUUUUUCAUGUCCGAGACUGCUGAUAACUUCAAAAUACUGCAAGGACGUAACAAGGAAGAGGGGAAGUCCACUCUCGAGGACGAUGCUGAUGCUGGGCAGCAAGAGAAAUUUGCCGCCGUACGGGCAUCAAUUGAAUAGUAAACCGUUUUUGUUUAUAAUUUCAUUGUUUGGGUAGGGUGAGCAAAGCUUUCUUAACCGUUGUUUGAAAGUUCUGUGCUCAAAUAAAAUUGUUAGUUCUUUAUAUUUAAAAUUGAUA